UGGAAAAAUGGCAGCUGAUACAGGGAGAUACAGGAGUGCUGUUAGCAAAAACAAAGACCCUUCUGGUCUUCUCAUCUCCGUCAUAAGGACUCUGUCCAGCAGUGAUGAUGUGCAGGACAGGGAGACAGAGAAGGGUCGUCUGGAAGAGGCCUUUGAGACAUGUGACAGGGAUUUAGAUGAGCUGAUUGUUCAGCAUUAUGCUGAACUCACCACUGCCAUCAGGACUUACCAGAGCAUCACAGAGCGCAUCACCAGCUCCCGCAACAAGAUCAAACAGGUGAAGGAGAACCUUCUGUCUUGUAAGAUGCUUCUACACUGCAAAAGGGAUGAGCUAAGGAAGCUGUGGAUAGAAGGCAUUGAACACAAACAUGUCCUCCAGCUGCUUGAUGAAAUUGAAAGCAUCAAGCAGGUGCCUCAACGGCUAGAGGCCUAUAUGGCAAGCAAGCACUACCUUCAUGCCACGGAUAUGCUGGUGUCAGCUGUGGAGUCCUUGGAAGGCCCCUUGCUGCAGGUGGAGGGGCUUGGAGAUCUGCGGUUGGAGCUCCACAGCAAGAAGCUCAACAUCCACCUUGUACUCAUUGAUGAGCUGCACCGACACCUCUACAUCAAGUCCACAAGUCGCCUGGGACAUAAGAACAAGGACAAAAAUGCUGCUCGCCUUCCAGGCUCCACUGCCAAAGACACAUCUCCAAUGCCUGUGUUGGAUGUCAGCAGCCUGUCCACCCCACGCAAACUUUUGGAUUCAUCACAGUUCAGCACACCUGGAUCCAGCAGUGUGCGUGAGCUGCAGCAGGAUGCACGGGAGCUGAACCAAACUGACCUCCCUGAAGUGGAUCCAGAGGAGAACAGUGCUGAGUUCAUGGGCAUCCUCAUCAAGGCUCUGGCCAAGUUGAAGAAAAUCCCAGAGACCAUUAAAGCCAUAAUGGAGCGGCUGGAACCUGAGCUGAAACAGAUCGUUAAGAGGUCCACCACUCAGAUUGCAGACCAUGCUUACCAGAGAGGAGAAAACCUGGCCCAGGAGAGCCAGCCAGGGCUGCUACUGGAACUGUUGGAGCUUUUGUUUGAUAAAUUCAAGGCAGUGGCUCAGGCUCACAGUGUGGUGCUGGCCCACCUGCAGCAGAUUGCGGUGCAGUGCCCGGGCGGGGCCCAUGAAGAGGGCAUCAAGCUCUAUGAACAGGCGGACGUCUCUGCCAAAAUCCAGACUGUCUUGCAGGUUCUGCUUAUGGAGUAUCUUGAUGUGAAGAACAGCCGGAGUGCCACCGAGCCAUUGGCUCAACUCUCCUAUGCCAGCACCGGCAGUGAGUUUGCUGCCUUUUUUGCGAAGAAAAAACCACAGCGUGCCAAGCAGUCGCUCUUCAAGUUUGAAUCAUCUUCCCAUGCCAUCAGCAUGAGUGCUUACCUGAGAGAGCAGAGGCGAGAACUCUACAGCAAGAGUGGAGAAUUACAAGGUGGCGCUGAUGACAACUUGAUUGAAGGAGGAGAAAUGAAGUUUGUGUGUAAACAAGGAGCGAGGAACAUCACUGUGAUCUUCCAGCCUCUUCUCAGGUUCAUUCAGGAAAUAGAGAUGAACAUGGGGCCAGGCCAGGCCAAGCAGUGCCAGCUCCGAGCUUUCCUCACUUACUACAUCAACGAUCUGUUUCUCAACCAGGUGCGAACAGAGAUCAACAAGGAAAUUGAGGCAGUGAGCAAGGCAUCCGACCCCUUGAAGAUCCUUGCCAGCGCUGAUACCAUGAAGGUUCUGGGUGUCCAGAGACCUCUGCUGCAGAGCACCGUGGUAGUGGAGAAGUCCAUCCAGGAUCUAAUGAGCCUGAUGCAGGACCUCAGUGCCUAUUCCAACCAGUUCCUUGAAAUGGUCUGCGACAAGCUCAAAGAGUACAAGGAAAUCUGCAACACAGCCUACAGGGGUAUAGUCCAGUGUGAGGAGAAGCUGACCAUCAGUGCUUCCUGGUCUAAAGAUGAGGACAUCAGUCGUUUGCUCCAGUCUCUCCCUAACUGGGCAAAUAUGGCCCAACCCAGACAGACUCGACAGAAGAGAGAGGAUGAAGAGGACUUCACCCGAGCGGCUUUUGCUAAGGAGUCCGAGGUGCUGACUGGGAACCUUGGAGACAAGUUAAUCCCCCAGAAUGAGAUCCUUCGUGACGUCAGUGACCUGAAAGCUCUGGCCAACCUCCAUGAGAGCAUGGAGUGGCUUGCUGGUCGCCUCAAGAUGUUCUUCGCCAACCUGCCUCAUUCCUCCAAUGUGUCUCCAUGCUCAGCAGACAGUCAGGUGAUUGGUGAGAGUGAACGCAGCAGGGAGCAGAUUCUCCAGACCCUGAGUGACCUGUCCAGGAGCUUUCAGGACAUCGCUGACCGCUGUCUCCUGGUAUUACACCUGGAGGUCAGGGUGCAUUGUUUCCAUUACCUGAUCCCCCUCACCAAGCAAGGAAAUUACGCCAUUGUGGCUAAUGUGGAGAGCAUGGACUACGACCCACUGGUGGUCAAACUGAACAAGGAUAUCUCAGCAAUAGAAGAGGCCAUGGGGGCUGCUCUGCAGCAGCACAAGUUCCAGUAUAUUUUUGAAGGUCUAGGUCAUCUGAUCUCCUGCAUUCUAAUCAAUGGGGCCCAGUACUUUAAGAGGAUUAGUGAGUCUGGUAUCAAGAAGAUGUGCAGGAACAUCUUUGUUCUCCAGCAGAACCUCACCAACAUCACCAUGUCCAGGGAGGCCGACCUCGACUUCGCCAGGCAGUACUAUGAGAUGCUGUACAACACUGCAGAUGAGCUGCUGAACCUGGUGGUGGACCAGGGUGUUCGCUACACGGAGCUGGAGUACAUCAACGCCCUGUCCUUACUGCAUCGCAGCCAGACAGGCGUAGGGGACCUGAGCACUCAAAACACUCGGCUGCAGCGGCUGAAGGAGAUCAUCUGUGAACAGGCCGCCAUCAAACAGGCCACCAAGGACAAGAAGAUCACCACAGUGUAACAGCCCCAUGGGCCCACUGAUUCUGUCUGCAAUAACAGAUGCCAGAUUAGACUGUCUGAAUGAGGCCACAUCUUCCGCCUGCUGCCAAUUUGGGUUGGUCCCCGAAGAAUUCCCUCGCUGAGAAUUGUAUCAUAUCUAUGGCUGUUAAAAAUCUGUUUAUCUGUCUUUUUUCUCAUGGUUUGUGCAGUAAACUUUUGCGGGUAGUAUGGAAAGUUGUUAGUCAUUUAACAUUUCUUACAAAUUGGACAGAAGAGACAAACCCAGUAAUGAAGAUAUUUUGGCUGAUUGCAUAUUCAUCCGUUCAUAAAAUGGGGACAAGGUUUAUUUCAAAUGCAAUAUUUCAAGUCCAGCAAGCCACAAUGGAAUGACUUGCACUUUUUAAAUUAAGGCAUGUGUGUGGGAAUACAUUUCAUCAGUCUUACUAGCUCUAUAAAUUUAAACAAUGCAAUUUUGAAUCUUUAUUUUGUCAUCCCCACUACAUAUGCUUAAGUCAUUUAAAAUGAACUAUACACAUGAACUCCAGAGACCAUCACAAAUCAUUCCCCUCCCUGCAACCCUCCCUGUUUUUAGUUCAUUAACUUGGGAGAGAAGUACUUAACGAGAGGAGGAGAGGGGAAUGGGAGCCUUGUCAAUACAGUGGGCCCUGAAGCCCACAGAGCAAUCCAUCAUAAUGACACAUAGGCUGGGAUUGAUGGGAAAACAACAGUGGAGCUGCUAAGGGGUUUGUCUACCACUACACCACUGUGAAAUCUAAAAUCUGCUCAUUUAGCCAUUCACUGCAGAGCUACUUUUGAAAUGUUAUACAUGGGGAACUUUAAUACAAUGUUAACUGAGUGUAUCAUGUCACACACAGAUACUAUUAUACAAUUACCACACACAUACCACAAAAGUCCAGAAGGCUUAUGUACUGGCCAUACUCCAUAUAUGUAGAGUGAGUGAGAACCACUCCUGCUAUUCACGCUUUUUAUUCAUGAGUGAAAUAAGUAAAAUGUAAUAAAGGUUCGAUUUCAUGUUUCUUUUUCUUUCCUAUGGACCUUUAUUUUGCACAUCUGUUCUAUGAGACUAAUGUUAUGUUUCAGGUAAGACUGUAUGAAAUUCUAUACAUCAAACUGUGUUAGUCUUGAACAAGUUUAAACAUCUUUCUUGCUCCCCUGGUUGUUAAAUGUCAUCUCAUAAAUGCUCUGAAAUGUUUGUCUACUCUAAAUUAAGCACACAUGAUCUGCCAGUGCAUACACUAAUAUACUGAAAAAAUAAACCAUCC